CAUGGCGAAAAAAAUAUAGAGAAAAGUACGAAGCAGAUCAUCCACAAGCUUUCAAGUUAUUGCAAGAGAACACAUGCAAUUGAAUCCUACCACAGAGAAGGACCCCCUUGACCCCUUUCUGGGGUUUCUCCCCCUCAAGAUCCUCUCCUUUCUGCCUGAAGUUUACCCACCCUCCUGUCCAACCACCCCAUAGACACUUUUCAGGCUAUCUAUUGUAACCUUUACUUAUUCCGUAAGCCACUCUCUCUACCAGUCUGCUACCCCAUAGGACAGCCAUAUAGAAGAUGUCAGAGCCAGAAUUAUUAACAGAGGUCCCUGCUUCGCUGAAGCGCCUGGCCAAGCAGGUAGUGCGGGGCUUCUACGGGGUGGAGCAUGCCCUGGCUCUGGACGUUCUUAUCCGCAACCCCUGCGUCCGAGAGGAGGACAUGCUGGAGCUGCUCAAGUUUGACCGAAAGCAGCUGCGCUCGGUGCUCAAUACGCUCAAGGGCGACAAGUUCGUCAAGUGCCGCAUGCGGGUGGAGACGGCUCCCGACGGCAAGACCACGCGUCACAACUACUACUUCAUCAACUACCGACUGCUGGUCAAUGUGGUGAAGUACAAGCUGGAUCACAUGCGGCGGCGCAUCGAGACGGAUGAAAGGGACUCCACCAACAGGGCGUCGUUCCGCUGCCCCUGCUGCUUCAGCACCUUCACUGACCUGGAGGCCAAUCAGCUGUUUGACCCCAUGACCGGGACGUUUCGCUGUACGUUCUGUCAGACGGAGGUAGAGGAAGACGAGUCUGCGGUGCCCAAGAAGGAUGCCAGGACCCUGGUGGCCCGUUUCAACGAACAGAUCGAGCCCAUAUACGUGCUGCUGCGUGAGACCGAGGACGUCCACCUAUCAAACGACCUGCUGGAGCCCGAACCUGCCGAGAUCCCUGCCCUCAAACAGAGUCGAGACCGUGCGGCGGCGGCAGCGGGUGCAGCAGCUGGCGGUCCCCACCGCGAGGCCUGGUCCACCAAGGGCUCGUCCUACGCCGACCUGUACACCCAGAACGUGGAGAUCAGCAUGGGGGAGCAGGAGGAGCAGCAGCGCAAGCAGGCCAGCGAGGGGAAGGCACCUCGGGAGAGACCCGUGUGGCUGACAGAGAGCACUGUGCAUGGAGGAACGUACAGCGAGCCAGACCCACUCAAGAACUCCGGAGACGACGCGGGAGGAGCCCAGGUGGGUGUGGCCGGGCUCGGCGGCGGCCAAUCGGACGAGAACGAGGAAGUGAUGCGCGCCCUGCUCAUCCACGAGAAGAGGAGCGGUGCCGGGCCGGCAGGAGGCGGAGCCGUAGCGGCAGCCAGGGCACUCACCUCCUCAUCAGCAGCCAGGGGCAGCGACUCGGAGAGCGACACCAGCGAAUCAGACGAGGACGCUCCCACGGCUCCGCCGCCUGUGGCUGCGGCCCAGCGGCGGCCGACUGGCAUGGAGAUGGAGGAGGAGGAUGAUGAUGACGAGUUUGAGGAGGUGGGGGACGAUGAGUCCAUGGUGAUGGUGGGGGGACGGUCCUUCUCCUAUCGGGAGGUGAGCCAGAGACCAGAGCUAGUGGAGAAGAUGAGCUCUCAGGAGAAAGAGGCCUACAUCGAGAUGGGACAGAACAUCUUCCAGGAGAUGUACUUCUGACUGUGUGUUUUCAGACACUCACGUACACAGCCUCUCUCUCUCUCUCUCUCUCUCUCUCUCUCUCUCUCUGUCUCUCUCUGUCGUGUCUCCUUCACCCUCUCGUCUUCUCCCCUCGAAGAGGGAAAACAAGAUGUCACUCUAGUUCCAAUUCUGUUCUAGAGACCAGACUAUUGCCAUGACAGGUGUAUUAGCAGUGUGUUAGUCUGGCAAGUCACUCAGACUCAGCUCAACCAGUCAGUGUUUCCUCAGUAUUACAGUAGCUGAAUGUUACAGCACACUACUCUAGUUUUGCUCUGUAACCACAGCAUGAUGCCUAGUGAAGACACACACACUGCCUCCCCUCUCAUCCUGUCUCUACCUCCUGUACCCAUUACUAAACAGGAACAGAGUUGAAGAUCUGGGAACCUGUCCAGAAAAACAAGUCACACGCACUCACGCACACACAGUUGCCAACCAGUUCAUUAGACCACAGUAGACCACGCCGCUCCUUUUCUCUCCCAGUGCUCCAACCUUAUGGCUCUCUGUCUCCACACUCCGUGAAUUCUUUACUGUUCUCAGGGCAAGCUGUUUAUUAUUCAUUUCUCCUCUCACACACAAGCUCUCUUUUUUUUCAUCCGAUUGAGAGGCUUUUUGGGGGGGGGGGGCUCCCUCCACAGGGAAAGAGACAACUCUGGAGCGAAUAAUACUGGCUUUGAUGUUACUGCGGUAACCCCCGGGAUGGGGUGACCUGCUCAAACGCGGAGGCACCCCCCAUAGCGAGGCCUUUAGCGGUGGCGUGGGGAUGACAUUUGCAGAGCAUGUGGCUUUUUCCCUCCGAAAUGUGACCGUAUAUGACGGUGUCUCUGUCGCUGUGUGAGACACAGUACCACUCCAACCUUCAACUCUCUGCUUCUGAUAAAUUUUUCACGGUGUCUUUUUUUUUACAGAGCAGUAUUUACCUGUUAGGGAAGAACUACCAUAUACUGUGUAAAGAGAUUGAGAAGAAAAUCAUGGUAAUUCAAUGUUUUUUUAAAGAGAGGGUAUCCUUAUUGAAUUGUAUACUGGCAAAGGGGCCAAGAGUGUCUAAUUUUCUUUUUUUGGCUAAACAUGAACAUGGGGAAUGUUUACUAUGUUAAAUUUCUCUUUGCUUUUCUCUACUAUGGUUUUGACCUUUGCCCUUUUGAGUUGUACCACCUCCCCACCACUAGGCUCCGCCACAUCUUUAGUUGAGCCUGUCAAUGAAGAGCCACUUGCCUAACGUUUUAAGUUCAUUGAUUUGUAAAGGUACAGCAUUAAAGCAGAUGAUACUUUU